GUAUGUCGUGUCCCACUUACCGAUACUUAUUACAGUUUUGACAAUAAGCAAUAUUGUGAAACGCAUAUCAUGGAGAUACAACAACGUCGCAAGAUAAGAGCUGAAAAAAGACAGACAAUGUUUAAGAACAUUUGA